AUGUCGCUAGUGCUCCUAGAUCCGUUCAAAUUUUUCGAAAACAGGGAUUCCUUCGAGUUGAAUUUCAACGUUCGUGGCUUCAAACCGGAGGAACUUUCUGUGAAGGUGACCGAGGAUCGUUUUCUGGUCAUUGAGGGUAAACACGGGGAGAAAAAGGAUCAAGAUGGGUCGAUUUCGCGCCACUUUAUUAAAAAAUGUAUAAUUCCCAGUGGUUUCGAUUUAGGAAAAGCCCAAUCGAAGCUUUAUCCUGACGGUGUUUUGGUGGUCAGUGUGCCGCGUAUGGAAGUGAAAAGUCGGAAAAUUCCGGUGGUGAGGGUGAAAAAUGAGGCUCCGGUGGUGAAAGCGAAGUUGUGA